CCGCGGGCGACUUCAUAGAUGCAACAUGCCUCAUUGACAUAGCAUGGCGGUUUAACGAUUCUUUUUCUCUUUUUCUUUCUCUUCCUCCCUAGCUUAUAACGGUUGCCGAGGUUAUUUUACGCUGCUUCCUUGGAGGAGUUCUGGCUUAGCAAUCCUUAUCGACUCUUCUGCUGCACCAUCGGUUACACAUUGGUCGAUAAGAAGCCGUCGUAUAAAACAGUAUUUCGUCUAUCCGUCACAAAGACAACUUCUCGCACCAUGCGCCAAACCAUCGCAAAGUUGGCAUCUGCCUCGGCCGUGCAGAAUGGCCUGCGGCCUAAGCCGAUGGCCCUUUUGCCGCCCAUUCCUCUUUACCGACGGCUUUUGCGCGCUCACCGAAAGUACCUCCCGGCAGACAUGAGGCUCCUCGGCGAUCAGUAUAUCAAGGCCGAAUUUAGAGCUCAUCGCAACGUGGACAAUCCGGCUCAUCUGAUUGGCUUUCUCUCAGAGUGGCAGAUAUAUGCUCAGCAAAUCGAGGGCGAGUCCUGGGUUGGUGAAAAGAUUGACCAGGGCAAACUUCAAAAAAUGAGUGAUGAGCAAAUCCAGCAGUUGUAUGAGUUGAUGCAGGCCAUACAGAAGCAUCGCAACGGAGACGAUACUGAGUGAUCAGAAUCAUUAAUCGCUUGCGUAAAAUACAACUUGUAGAAUUAGAAUAUAUCUUUAAUAGCAGCUGUAUAAAUAUAUAUAUAUAUACCCA